AGUUUAUCAUAUCAGUAAUUCAGUAAUUCAGUAUUAAGUACGUAACUUGUAGAAUAGUCAGUAUACUUCAGAAUGACUUCAUUACCGUUAUUAUCAACCAAACAAGUUCAAACUCAUAACUCCGAAAAGGAUUGUUGGGUUACUUUAUAUAAUAGGAAAGUAUAUAAUGUUACAGGAUUCUUAAAUGAACAUCCUGGUGGAGCCGAUAUUAUACUUCCUUAUGCUGGUAAAGAUAUUACUGAAAUUAUGUCUGAUUCAGAUUCUCAUAUUCAUUCAGAAAGUGCUUAUGAAAUGUUAGAUGAAGAUAUGUUAGUUGGAUAUUUAGCUACACCACAAGAAGAACAUGGAUUAUUAAAUAAUAAAAAUAAAGUACCAGUAGAAGUUAUUGAAGAUAAACCAAAUGAUUUUGAUAUGUAUGAAUUUCAUGAGAAUUUACCAGCUUUAGAGAAAUUAUCUAUCAAGACAGAUUAUUCUGAAGAUGUUAAAAAACAUAAAUUUUUAGAUUUAAAUAAACCAUUAUUAGUUCAAUUAUUAUUUAGUAAUUAUUCAAAAGAAUUUUAUUUAGAUCAAGUUCAUAGACCAAGACAUUAUGGUAAAGGUUCAGCUCCAUUAUUUGGAAAUUUUUUAGAACCACUUUCUUUAACUCCAUGGUGGAUGGUACCAUUAAUUUGGUUACCAGUUAAUUUUUAUAUAUUUUAUGUUGGAUUUACUAAUCAAAAUAAGUUAACUGCUAUUAGUUUUUGGAUUAUGGGAUUAUUUGUUUGGACUUUAGUUGAAUAUUGUUUACAUAGAUUUAUUUUCCAUUUAGAUGGUUAUUUACCUGAUCAUCCAGUAUUUUUAACUCUUCAUUUCCUUUUACAUGGAGUUCAUCAUUAUUUACCAAUGGAUGGUUAUAGAUUAGUUUUACCUCCGGCUUUAUUUGUGAUAUUAGCUUAUCCUUUCUAUAGAUUGGUAUUUUCCAUAUUACCUUUCUAUAUUGCUUGUUCUGGUUUUGCUGGAGGAACUUUAGGUUAUAUUAUGUAUGAUAUGACUCAUUACUUUUUACAUCAUACUAAAUUACCUCAAUUCUUACAAGAAACUAAAACUUAUCAUUUAGAACAUCAUUAUAAGAAUUAUGAAUUAGGUUUUGGUGUUACUAGUAGAUUCUGGGAUGUCAUUUUUGAUACUGAGAUCACCAGUACUUUUGAAAAGAGAAAGUAGAAACUAUUGAAGUUUAAAUGAGGUUUUAAUAGUUUGAAAAUAGAAAGAGUGUUGAUAGUUUAGAAAAUUAGUAUAUAGUUUAUAGUAUAGUUACAUAGUUUGACCCUAAUACCUCUGGUCAGCUUUGUAUAGAGAAUAUGAUCCUAUUCCGUGUGAACUUUGUAUUUA